AUGAAUCGAAGCUUUAGGGCUCAGCAAGAAACGGCAAUGCAAGCGGCGGCGUUGAAACAACGGCAACAAUUAAGAGCUUCGAUGAUGAAGGAGAAAGAGGAAGAGCUCGCAUUGUUUCUCGAGAUGCGGAAACGAGAGAAAGAGCAGAUUAAUCUUCUUCUUAAUCACUCCUCCGAAGACUUCGAUGCUCCUUUAGGAUCUAAACCUGGAACUUCUCCGAUAUUUAAUCUGUCGGCAUCGACAGCUACUCCGGCGAGAAAGACGGCUGCUGCUGCUGAUGAUUUUCUUAACUCUGAUGGUGAUAAAAAUGACUAUGACUGGCUUUUAACACCUCCUGGUACUCCUCUUUUUCCUUCUUUGGAGAUGGAGUCGCAAAAGUCUGUAAUGAGUCAGAUUGGUACUCCAAAGCCUCGACCUACUGCCCUGAAAUCUAGACUAGCAAAUCCCCAGCCAGAGUCUGCUGCCAGGGGCAACUUAGCACCGAAGCAGGCGGCUCUGUCCCCUGGGUUGAAUUCUUCAAGUACAGGCUUUCGCAGGCCUUCAUCAUCGGGGGGUCCAGGUUCAAGACCUGCAACACCCACUGGACGCCAUACAUUAACUGGAGCAUCCAAACCUACAAGAUCAUCAACACCAACAACUCGGGCCACAUUAUCGUCAACUAAGCCCUCACCAUCUGCGACUAAGCCUGUGACUUCUGCAGCAAAGCCUGUGACAUCUGCAACUAAGCCUGCGACAAGGCCUGUAAUGUCCACAACUAAGCCCACAGUUUCUGUAACCAAGACUGCAUCCUCUGCAACUAAACCCACAGUCUCUGCAAGAUCCUCCACACCAACAAGGUCCACAGCUAGGUCUUCGACACCAACUGCAAGACCAUCUAUACCUUCAUCCAAUCCUGUAUCAAGAGCAGCCACACCAACUCGCCGACCGUCAACUCCAUCAAGCACUUCUAAUGUAUCUGCUCCUCCAAUUAAAUCAUCACCUUCAGUCACAAAGCCAACUCCUGCAGCUUCCAGAAAUUCUGUACCAUCACGUGGUGCCUCUCCGACAGUAAAAUCUAGACCAUGGAAGCCUUCUGAGAUGCCUGGUUUCUCACUUGAUGCUCCACCCAAUUUAAGAACAUCACUACCUGAUAGACCACUUUCAGCCACUAGAGGUAGGCCAGGAGCACCAAGUUCUCGAUCUUCUUCUGUUGAACCUGGUCCUACUGGUAGACCAAGACGACAAUCAUGCUCUCCUUCAAGAGGACGUCUCCCUAAUGGUUCUAUGCUGCAUGUCAGUGGGAGCUCCGUUCCUGCAGUAAGUCGUGGGUAUUCUAAAGUUAGUGAUAACUUGAGCCCUGUGGUAAUUGGAACUAAAAUGGUUGAGAGGGUGAUAAACAUGCGAAAACUGGCACCACCCAAGCAAGAUGAUAAACAUUCUCCUCAUGGUAACUUGUCUGGGAAGUCUUCAUCACCAGAUAGCUCAGGCUUUGGAAGAACACUUUCAAAGAAAUCGCUCGAUAUGGCUAUAAGGCAUAUGGACAUAAGGCGAAGCAUUCCUAAUAAUUUACGGCCAUUGAUGAUGAAUAUUCCAGCGUCAUCUAUGUACAGUGUGAGAUCACGUCCUACACGAGGCAGAACUAUUAGCGUCUUAGAUUCCCCUCUCGCUACAAGCAGUAAUGCUAGUUCGGAGCUUAGUGUGAAUAACAAUGGCAUUUGUUUAGAUGGGAGCGAAGUAGAAGAUGAUAUUGGCAGUGAGAGAGGUGGUCGAUCCCCUGCCAGUGUGCAUGCCAGAUGAUGGUCAGUGGUGUAACAACCCUGAGAUAUGACCAUACAUUAUUGUUUCCAGGAUUGAACCACGCCAGAAUUUUUAUUCUAAUAUCGAUGUAAAGCUAAUUAGAUUUGUUUUACUAUUGUGUAAUUCACGAUCUUUGUAUUAUUAAGGGAUCGCCAGGUAGAUGCUAAACAUGUUUCUUCCCCAAAUUCUACACGGUUGAGUUGUUGUGAA